UUUUUCUAUUCCUCACAAUCUCAUUCACCAUCUUGUUACUUCUGCCGAACUCGUCCUAAAAAAGUUGGAAAACCCUGAGUAAAGAAACUAAAAACUAAAACCCUUUCUCAAGAUUUCAACGAGCGAGCACUACAAUCGGACAGAGAGCCAAAGAGAGAAAAGAUGAGAGGAAUCUCAGUGAUACUACGGCGUUUAGUUGGUUGCAGACCAUCUUUCACAGCAUCAGGACGACGCUCUUCUGAAUUGAGCCAGACAUUAAUGGUGUCAUCAGCCGCCACCGUCUCCUACUCAACCCUAACUCUACUGGAGAAGCCCAAUCUACUUCCUGGAUUCCAAAUUACGGCAAACCUCAUCCCUGAUUUGCAGUCUCAUCACGUUCUAAAUCAUUCUAGAAACUUCUCCAGUCCAUCUUCCUCAGGUCCAUCAAAUAUUGUAUCAAUUGAGUCUGAAGAACAGUUCAAUACUUCACUUCGCAAAGUACAAGAUGAAUCUUUGCCCGCAAUAUUUUACUUCACUGCUGUCUGGUGUGGGCCCUGUAGGCUGUUGUCCCCUGUAAUUGGCCAAUUGAGUGAGAAAUACCCUCAUGUGACAACAUAUAAAGUUGACAUUGACAAGGAAGGGCUUGGAAAUGCAUUGAGCAAGUUGAACAUUCACUCUGUGCCUACAUUACACUUCUUUCAAAAUGGGAAGAAAACAUCUGAAGUUAUUGGUGCUGAUGUUCAACGCUUGAAAGAUACCAUGGAAGAGCUCUACAAAUGAUAUUUUACGUUGAAACAAUUCAUGUCUGUGUUGAGGCUGAUAUCAGUUCUGGUUCUACAAACAGUAAUUAUGGCGUUUCGCACUCAUUCCUAGAAUUUAAGUAUGCUAGAAUGUAUUGUUAUCUGGUGCUGAUUGUUAUAUUUUGGUUUUCCUCGAAAGCUUCUUGUUCAUAAGGUGUGUCUGGAUGGAGGCAAAAUGGCAUUUCUCUUUUUUCACAGCAAUUUUCUGAGUA